UAUUUGAGUGACCAAUAAGACAUGUAAGUAGAGUAUUAUUAAAAGAAUAGAUUUUAAUUAGAUAUUUCGUAUCAAGUCCUGAUUUAUACACUUCAUUCACAUUAAGUAUCAGUAAUAUAUAACAGCUUUAAAUUUAUAAUUAAUUUAUUGAAAACAUUUCCUCCAUUGUUAUCGUGUACUUAAGAACUCGAAAAACAAAUGUUUUGUUACCUUAGUAUUGCCAAGUAAAAUUUUCUGAUAAGCAAAAUAACUAUCCGUCCUUUCCCAAAAAUUACGAAUUGAAUUUAAAAAAAUAUUUAUAUAAAUGUCACUGUCAACAACUGUCAGUGUGUCAAUGUGACAUUGUCAUUUCGGCGGUUUAUAUCGGCUUGCGUCUAGAUAAAAAAAAUAGUGCAAAAAAUUAAAAUUUACAAAUUAAAUUAUUAUUUUAAAACUAAAUCGGUAAUUGUUUGCAGAUGGAUGUAAAAAGACGUUAUUGCACAGUGCGGCAACAGGAAAUCAUGUUGAAUUUCCUUCAGAAACAUCCAGACUUAGCCUUGGGGCUGGAACGGUCCAAAGAAGGAAGAGCUCGCGCUGCCUUACUGUGGCAGAAGUGUGCUCGUCUCGCCAACUCCGAGGGACCACCGCGCACGCCUAGACAAUGGCUAAAAUAUUGGCACGAUUUGAAAUGGAAAGUACGUACUAAGACGGCAGUUAAACCCACAACUAGUUCGAGUAAUGUCAGUACACCGGCCCCACUGUUAACGGCUAUAGAAAUAAAAGCAGCCAACAUUAUGGGAAUUGAAGUUAACACUUUACAUGUACAAAAUGAAAGAACACCACUAUUCCCACAGCAGCUGUCACAGGAGAUGCAAUCUAAUGAGCAAUAUACGCAUAGCACUCCGCUAGUUCCCCUGGCUGUCAUAAAAGAUGACGAAUCACAAGAUGUGGAAUCUGAUCCGUUACAGCAGGUGGAAGUGUUACAAGACCAAUACAAAGAACAGGAUAUGUUCCCUCAAGAAGACACAUCUUUACAUCAAGAGGAAUUUUCACAACGGAACUCUAUAAAGCAUGAGGAACAGUCACAGCAUGACGAGUCCAUAGAGAGUACAGUACUCCGAAUUGAGGAAAUACGGGCGGCCAAUGACAGGACGUUGGCACUAGCCCUUCAGAAGCAGGCAGAGGCUGCUGUACUACAAGCUAAAGCAAUGAUCGCAAUCGGUCAAGGCUUGAAAAUGAUUGCUCGAGCUAUCAACAGUAGACGAAAAUGAUUUGUAGCGAAGAGGAGAUGCGAAAUAUACUUGAAAGAAGCGAAUUGUGAAUUAAUGCAUGAAUGAGUAUACUUUAUUUGCAUUAUACAAUAUAGGAAAUAAGCAAGACAAUUUACAAACUCAACGAUACAAUUGUAUAAUAAGGCGGUAAUUGUACAUUGUUGUAUGUAAGGCGGUCUUAUUGCUGAGAGCAAUCUUUUCAAGACAACCUUAAGUUAUGGUAAUACUAAUGAUUCAAUAUGGGAAUUAUUGAAUCUAAUAUGAUGAGUAAUCUAUGAUCAAUGGGAGAACUGUUGACAAGGAGUGUAAAAAUGUAACGUGCAAAAUUAUAUGCUUUUAUAAAGCUAGUUUUAAGCUUAAUUCUUAGUACACGAUCAUUCGAUGAGUUAAUAUUAAGUAUAUUUCAAUGUAAUUGCAUUAUAAUAAGAGUGAGACUUUGUACAAAAGUCGAUUGCUUGGGUACCUCUGUCCCAUUCGUGUUUCAACCGUGAAGCAGUUGUGUUUGCAUAGCUGUGUUUCGGUUUGAAGGGUGGGAUAUGGCGUGAAAUUACUGGGUACAGAGGAAUAACACCUGAGUCCUCAGGAAUGGCAACGCAUGGGGGGUAUCAUGGGCGAAACAGUAUACUCUGUUAUGUGCAUGGUACUGCUCAUGUCUAUAGGCGACGGUUACCACUUUCCAUCAGGUGGGCCGUCGGCUUGUUUGCCAUUCUAAGUUGUAUAAAAUAAAAUAAGAGAUAAAUAUGAAUGUGUGCCAAUAUUUUUCUUAUCACUUUUAACUACAUUUUUAAAUGUAUAUAAUUAUCAUAAUUUUCAAUUGACUUCAAAGAGGGCAUUCUCAAUUUUUUUUUUUUAUUUUAUUGUUUAUUACCUCAUAACUCUGUCAGUUUCAAACUGAUUUGAAGUAUUCUUUUUUUAUCUGAUAGGAUAUACUUAGGGAUUGGUCUCAUUGAAAUUUUAUCAAAAUCGGUUGAACUAAACUAGUUUUUUAAAACAAGAUAAAUUGGUUUUCGCAUAAAGUUGUUUUUUGCCAUUCUAAGUUGUAUAAAAAACUGACUACAAAAAGAAAGAAGUUCUCAAUUCGGUUGUAUUCUUAUUUAUGUUUGUUACCUCAUAACUCCGUUAGUUCUGAACCGAUUUGGGGAAUUCUUUUUUAUUGGAAAGGUUAUACUUACAGAUUGCUCCCAUAGGAAUUUUAUGAAAAUUGGCUCAGCAGUUUGAUUUUUAGAGCAAAAUAAGUGUUUUUAAGACAAUUGAAGUCUGUUUUUUGUUGGACACAAUCUUUUAUUAUUUAAAUAUUAUAUUACUAGAUACCUAUCGAAGUAAAUAUUUCUAAUGGAAUAAAUUUAAAUAGUGAAAGAUAAAAAAAUUUCCUUAAGAUCACUGCCAACUGGUAUGGUAUCUAGGAGACUUGCUGCAUUUCCACGCUGAAUAGCUAUGGAAAUGCGUUGACCAAAGUAUAGGCCAGCCUUCUGGUCGCCAGAGGUUUCCACCAGCCGGCGUGAAAUCUCUUUGAAAAAAUUCAUGGCCUCGGGGCCCCACGGGCCCAGAGUUUCACUUCCAAACGCCGCAAAUAUAUAAAUAUAUUAAAUUAUAUUUUAACCUUCAUAAAUAACAGUACAAGUACUUACACUACGCAUUAUUCGAGAUAUAUUUUAAGUUUAUUUUUCUAAAAUUUUGUUAAAAAUAAGAUAUAAACUUCUAUGUGAGAGACUUAGCUUGUCUAUGUAAUAAAGUUUAAUAAAUGUACCUGUUAAAUUUAAAAUAUGUAUAAAGUGAUAAAUAAUAAAUUGUUUCAUUAUAAUGAAA